AUGCAUUUUCUACUGAAGGGAAAGACUCAGCUUUCAGAAAGACACCUUGGAGAUCAGCAGUGUUUUGAAUUGGUUUAAAUCUGCAGCUAACUCCAUUAAAAUGAUGAGAAAAAGGCUUUAUUGGGAUGAUUCUGUUUUUCAUUCUGAAAGCCAGAGCAGCUUCCGAAAGUCAAGUGAUGACCUUCCAUUCAGCCCCACAGACAGCAAUGGAUCAGUGUUUAUGAGCUCUGAUGGAGAAAAUGGUGCAGAUGAAAGAAAGAAGGCUGGAAAAUCACCCAACAUGCUGCUGCACAUCCCAGCCAGUGAGGCAGAAUAUUUUGAUGACCAGAAAAAAAUUGGUGUUGCUAGGACAAAGAUCAGUGUAGAGAAUCCCUUCUUGGCAGCAGACAUCAAGAGAGAUUCCAAGUCUGAAAGGAAAAAGCAUCAGAUUAAGUCAAAUGCUCACUUUCACAAGCUUUUUCUGGAGGUCGCAACUGAAGAGCAACUGAAACAGAGUUUUACCUGUGCUCUGCAAAAAGAAAUUCUGUACCAAGGAAAGUUAUACGUAUCUGAGAACUGGAUUGGUUUCCAUUCUAAAGUCUUUGGUAAAGACACUAAGAUUAGUAUACCUGUGGUCUCAGUAACACUGAUAAAGAAAACCAAAACUGCCCUUCUGGUGCCAAAUGCGUUGAUCAUAGCUACUGUCACUGAGCGGUACAUAUUUGUCUCCUUACUCUCAAGAGACAGGACCUACAAAUUAUUAAAAUCUGUCUGUAGGCAUCUAGAGGGCACAAGUGUUGGCAACAGUCCUAAUCCAUCUUCUGCUGAAAACAGCUUCAGGGCUGAUCGUCCUACUACUCUGCCUUUGGAUUUCAAUGAAGACUACUCAGAUUUGGAUGGCAUAGUACGUCAUCGGAGACGAGAGUUGGAAGAGUCUAGCAGUAGUGGUUCUCAGACCCCUGAAUUGGAACACUUCCAAGACUAUCAUAUUGUUGAGACACAGAUGCACAGUAAACAUGUGGCAGAAGAAAAACCCAGGAAAGUUCCUGGACAUGGCCAUUCUGGAGCCCUUGGAUUCUUCCACAGAAUGAAGUUCCAGAAAUGUGUAUCUCUGAAUCAUGUUCUUAUUUUCUAUACAAUCCUUGUCUGCAUACUAAUCUUUUCUACAUUCUACAUGAGAUACAAAAUCAAUGUCCUGGAGGAACGACUUGUUUCCAUGACUUCCUUUGACUCCCACGUUAAUGACAGACAACCAGCACAAGGAGGCCUUGGAUCCCACCUGCAACUUAAUGCUGAUGCCCUCUGUGAUGAAUUAACAGCUAACCUCAUUAAAUUGGAAAAGAUACAAAACAACUUGCGAAGACUACUUGAAGAUGGCGAAUAAAAUCUUGAUGUUCUGGAGCUACUUCAUACCUCAUUCUCCUGUUUCUGAUAAGCAGCUCCAAACACAGCUGUGAACUCUGCAGGCCAGAGUUAGUGUCCUUUCUUUAAUCCAAAGCCAUAUUUAGACUGCUGCAGUAGCUCUUCCAUCCUAAGAAGGUGGAGGGUAGACUAUUCUUGUGCAAUAAACUAUAUCCAAGUAUUCUCAAGUUAAUUUUUCCCCUAUUGUCUCUAUUGAUGUAUAAAUAACAAUGUGAUUUUAUAGUUUGGGGGCAAAUUUUUGUUCUUGGUUAUGGAAGUGUAAAUCUGGAGUAACUCCAUUUUACCUAAGUAUGUGGAUUUUUCAUUCACAUUACUGUGACUGAGACCAAAACUUGGUCCUUGACAUUUUAAUUCCUGAAACAGUAUAAGCAAAAAUGUAAUCUAUUUUACAGAGAUCCCAGUCUCGUUAAUAGUAGCUGAAAGUAAAUACUACAUCUUUACUUAUCCAUCCUUAUGCCACACUUCUCCAAAAUCUAGGCAUGUGUCAAACUUCUUACUGCCUGAGCUUAACCCACGCUCUCAGAUUUUUACAAAAUAGUCUUCCCCUCCCCCUCCCCCUCCCUCCCAUGCACCCAGUGAACACUUCUUCAAAAUUAAGAUAGCAGUAUAAAUGUAUUAUCCAAGCACUGUUCCUAGAAUAUAUUGUUUAGAUUUUUAAGAUCUAUCCCUGUAAUAUAGUUUCCUCAUGCUUCUCAGUGCUAGGACUCCAAGUCAACUUAAGAGGGUUGAAUAUGGUCCUAGCAGUGCAGUUCCUCAACAGCUACUGAGUCAUGGGGCUUAUUUUUGUUGACUCCAUCCCCCUGUCUAUUCUUCAUGAUGGGAACUGUCAAAUUAAUUAAAUUAUAGUAACUAGAAACCAUUCUAUUGGAGUGAAUGAAGUGGCUGACUCCUUUGUUACAUUAUGCUAUUGUUUUCACAGAGCUGAAAUUGAAGUAAUUGAGGGGGUUUUUUUAAUUCUUUGGUCUGUUUCCAUAAGGCAAUAUUAGCAUAAAAUAGGACCUAUAAAAACAGUAUUUUAAAAUAUAUGCUAUGCAUUUUAUAACCAUUUCUGUGAAAUGUACAUUACUUUGUUUAAAUAAACUUUU